AUGGCUACCACACCUCAACAGGCACAACAGCAGUGCGAGCAGAUGUCAACCAAUGGGUAUUUCUGGCAAACCCUCAUGCACCGCCAUGGCCUUUGCACCCCCCGGUGGACGUCCUGCCGGACAACGAGCAGCGACCACAUCAUGGCCCUGCCACCGCCGCAUGAGCUUGCACGGCCCAUCGCCCCAUGCUUGCCCAGCCCAGGGACCGCGUCGCACACGUGCGAUGAUCCCGGGGUCUGCAACUAUGCAUACGUGCACGAUGCGGCGCCCGCUCAGGCCCCGGCGCACCGCGCAUUUUCCAACCCUGGCACCCCGUUCUCCCCGCAGUUUAGAACAUCAACCAACAUCUCGCAGUACGACCUUGUCAGCGCGCGCAACGGCAAUGGCAACGGCAGAUCGAGCAGCGGCGGCAGCAGAAGCGGCAGGGACGCGCUCCCGGGCCUGUGGCAGAUGAUUGGCGUGUUGUGGCCGCAGUCGAGAGGUCGCGCGUGCGCGAGAGAGAGCGGGAGCGGGCUGCGCGGGAGCAGGACGUACGUUCCGCCACAGACCUUUGAGUGUUGCGCUGUUCUGACGUUGGUUGUUCUGCAUGCAUCCAAAGCGGCAGCAGCAGGCGAUGGCACCCCGGGGGCUGGCCAUGGCCAUAGACGACCCACCGGCGCAGGCACCAGAGCUUGUCAGGCGCAAGCGAGAGCGGGAGUCUCCUUUGGAGCGUCAACGCAGAUCGGGUGCGGGGACGCCGCUGGAAUGUUGUUCAAGAAGCGCUUCCGGACCCGCCAGUCGGGGAGCAGCGGCGGCAUCCCCGACAUCAUGGUGGAGUCGCCAAACACCACCACAGUUUCCCGGGCCUCGACGAUUGCCGCCGCCAACCAGCCGCAUCUAUUGAGCCCAGAGAUGCAUCAGCCGUCCCUGCCGCUGCCCGCUGACGCCGCAAAUUUCGCUGUCUCCGACUCUGAUCAGUGGCCGCUACUCCCGCUGCCAGAGUUCUACCUGACCACGCCCAGCGCUGUUGGCAUCGCCAACGAGGAUGAGCGGCAGCUCCCCGCCGGGUUCGUGCCCAUGAGCACCGCCGACACCCCACACGACUUCGGCGCGCCGAAAGCGAAGGGGCCCAGAUACAGCUACGAGGUCGCGCCAAUACCCCCUGGCGUGGUCUAUCCCGAUCCGCCUGGGAGGAGAAGCGCCACACCUGGGCGGAGGAGCGCUACGCCGCACGCCGCCGCAGGGGUGUCGCUCCCACCGUCGCCAUCCAGCACGCCGAGCCCCCGCGGCCGGCGCGGCAGCCUAAGCGGCCAUUUUUCGCCCCUGUCGCUCCCGCUCGCGUUUGUGGCAUCUCCUUUCGCCCGCGCGCCGAGUGAUUAG